GACGCCUGCUCUGUAGCGCUCUCUCCUCUUUCACGCCGUCUCAUCCGCCGCCAGGAUAUAUUUACUCAGCCCACGCAGAGUCCAGGAGAUAAAUUGGUCCGAAGCUAAGCCGGGCUGAACACAAUUACGCCAGAGCCUCAGUGUGUAAGUGGCGCCGCGGACUUGGACCUGUGUGUGCCUUUGUACUCUGAUGAACCAAGAGGAGACGCCCAAUUAUUACAAGAUUAGGCUGCCUGCUCCAACUGCGCUAAACACAAAUCAAUGACUGAACACUCUCCCUCCCAUUAUGGACAAGAAAAGUGCCAACGGUGUCCAGGCCAAGAGCAGUGAGGCAAGCGUUCAGAGGAAGCAGCUGCCCUACUCCGUGGAGACUCCUUACGGCUUCCACCUGGACCUGGACUUUCUCAAAUAUGUUGACGAUAUUGAAAAAGGCAACACUAUAAAACGAGUCCACAUCCAACGACGGAUAAAAGGACCAUCCAAGUUCAGCACAUUACCCCGAAACUUUAGCCUGCCCGGACAUGGUGUCAGACCUGCCCCGAAGGAAACCACGGCAUGGUCUGGGACGUCCACUCUGGGACCCAAACCCAAAUCGCGGGUAACGGAAGUCCAGCAGAUAUUUGAUUUUAGAAGUGAAUUGGGGUCUACCAGUCAGAGUAGCAGGGGCUUAACAAAUCAGGGUUAUGUCUCACCAAAACCAAGAGACGAAACGAGUGUCGGCUCCCGUCUCGAUGAAAAAUCAACAGCGGAGUUACAAAACCGACCCAACUUACUCCGAGCGUCCAGCAUGCCCAUCACUUUACAGCAAAGGAAAGGUUCUGAUUCCAGCAGUCCAGUUUUGGUAACUCCAGAAAAUGGCUCCUCAGAAAACAUGUUUCGUGCGUCACCGGAUGUCACAGAACGACGCAUUCCUCAAGAUCGCACAGGGCUUCACCAACAGAUCACCGUAGCUCUGAAACGUGUCAGAGAGUUAGAAGAACAGGUUAAAACUAUCCCUGAAUUAAAAGCGCAGAUAUCUUCACUGAGAGAGGAGAGGGAAAAACUACUUCUACAGCUCCAAGCUCAGAUGAAAGCCAGAGUUGCUUCAGAAAGUAAAGAUACAGGGACACACAGUCAACAGCAAGGGCAGCGACCUUCACAAGAGCUUAAAUUAGCUUUGACACCACAACCCCCAGGGACGAAACCUGGGACAGACAAGGAGCAGGGUGAAGCAAAGAUUGGCAAAGACAUAGCAAAGGAGGAAAUGCGCCAAUUGUCAGAGGAAGACAUCAAAGCUGAACCAUCCAACAAACAACAAGACACAUUAGAGACUUCGAUAGAGCAUUCAGCACAAAAGCAAAUACAGAUUAUGGAAGAAACAAAGAUAAGCAGCUGUCAACACAUCAGCCCCGAGGAAGCGAAAAUGGACGAUGUAGAUAGUGUUGAGGUCCUGCAAGAAAAGUUAAGAAUACUUGAAACCAAACUUGCGAAGGCUACAGAGGAUUUAGAAAGAACCAGUUCACUAUUGAAAAGGCAGAUAGAAGAAAACAAGGCAAAAGAGGAGAAAAUCUUGCAGUUGAGUGAAGGGAUGAGGGUGGAAGUGUGUAGUCCAGAAAUGAUGGACCGUCCAAGGAGGCAAAGCAUUGACACAGGGACAAUUACAGAAAAAGUGGACAUGUCCCAUCAGGAGACCGAGACCGAACCACAUAGUACAGUGGACCAGGGGACAGAUACGGAUAAGAUCUGCGUGGAAGUGCGCUUGCCCCAUCCAGCACCAGAAAGCAUAGAUCAGGGAUUAGACAUAGGUAAAGUCCAUGCUCAAGUGACAGAAAUUGUGGUAGAAGCUGUAGUCUUGACUCCACCAAGACCUAGGACAAAUAGCAUGGAAAGAAGUACCGAGACUGAAAGAGUGAUAACUUUAGAUCAGACUACGGAGACGCCAGUGGCAGAGAGGGUUAAUCAGGUGACUGAAACUGAAACUGGGAACAAUCAUCCAAUAAGACCAAGAACCAGCAGUGUGGACCGGGGCACAGUUACCGAAAGGGUAGGUACAGUGGACAGGGUGACAGAAACGGAGGCAGCGCAAAGGACAGACCAGCAAACUGAAACUGAGAUGGUGAGGAGACUGGAUAAUAACCCAGCGAGGCAAGUAGAAACGCAUUUGGAACAGCGUGUAGAGAUUCAAGAGAGGGAGAGUGUAAGUAGUGAAACAGUGGUAGAGGUAGAAACUGUUGUCAGUCAGAUAGAGGAGGUGAUGAACGAAACUCAUGCUAUAAAAGAAGCUAGCAAGAUUGUCGAAAGUGUAGUGACAGAGAGUUUAGCUGAGGUUGCAGAAACAAAAAUAGAACAGCAAAUUUUGGAUACGACAAAGAAAGUUGAGGAGUCUCUAGAUGAGGAUACGAGUAAUGUUGCGGCUAAAGAUGUGGAACCAAAAGUUGAAGAUAAGAUGGAAAGUAAAAAGGAAGAAAGCAAAGAAACUACUGCCCCAAAAGUUGAUGUAACAGAGGUCACUGAGACUAAAGUGGUUGUAGAUGAUAAAACAGUGAAAAAACAGGAGGUGGAAGUUGUACGACCCAAAGUCAAAGAACCCGUAUCCACUGAAAAGGUGACUGAUGCUCCAAAAACAACAGCUCCCGUGAGACCCCAAAGAGGUAGACGGCCUUCAAACGAGCAGCCCCAACCUGCACCCUCACAACCUCAGCCCGCACCUGUCCGACCUCGUAGGGUAUCCAUGGAAACGCAAGCAGCCCAGCCAACCCCAGAGCAAAAAACUACACCGUCCCAAGAGCAGAUAUCCACCACUACCACCACUACUUCCCAACCUACUGUUCCAACUUUCACACAAGUCCAAGAGCCCCCAAAGCUCACGCCUGUGCCUCAAGUUAAAGAGAAAGUGGCAAGUCAGGAACCAACUCCGUCCAAACCUCAAACAAAAAGUGAAGGUUCAACGCGUCCGAAGUCUAUCCAAUCGCAAACCUCAACAACCCGAAGGAACUCUAAAGAAGUCAAGGCUCCACAGAAGUCUAGUGUCACUGCUUCAAGGCCAACGCGGCAGGGAUCACAAGACAUCACAGCUCAGGGUUCACGAAGGAGUUCAGGUGGAGAUGGUCAAACGCAGAAAGAAGGGAGUGAAACCCAACCAGUUCGUAGAGGGUCUGGUGAGACAGCUCAACGCCGUGGUUCAGGAGAGGGUCAAAGUUCACGCCGGGAUAGCGGAGAAACGCAACGCAAAAUGUCAAGCGAUUCCCCGACAUCACCAGCCGCUUUGGGACAGGUGGUAACACGCCUCACGGGAUUGUUGGGCGAACAGUGGGCGCAGCUAGGAAGUUCGGGAACACAGCAACAGACAGGGAGUCAGCAAGAGAUUCCAAGCGCGCCAAAGCAGACAGCAGGGAAGAAAGUGGAGCCAGGAAAAGGAACGGGAGCCAAGCCAGUGGGAAAGCCAACUCCCGGCGCCGCAGUAGGUAAACCAGCAGGAAAACAAGGGCCAUCCAAGAUGAGCUCCAUCCAAAGUCAGUUGGUUAGCUCCCUCAGCGUUCUGUCAGCCUUCUACUCCCCGGGCCAAAAAGCAGCAGCUGCCACCAAACAGCAAGAGCAAGCUGGGCUCAAAUCUAUUAUGAAGAAAAAUGGCGUCGCAGACAAGCCGGCGAACAAGGGAGCCAAGAAAAACCUGAAAUUUGUCGGGGUGAACGGAGGCUAUGAAACCACAUCCAGUGAGUCCAGUGGAGAUGAGAAGUCAAAGGUGGAGGUCGAGGAAGAGGAGGAAGAGGACAGUUCAGGUCCAGAAGUGGAGAAAGAGAAGGAGCCUGAGGAGAAGACCCAGGAGGAAGCACCAGCAGCAGCAGCAGCACAGAGUGAACCACAGGGGACAGUGGAGACGGAGGGGGCAGAGGCCAAAGCUGAGGCCCGGGCAGAGGCCAAAGCUGAGGCCCAGGCAGAGGCCCAGACACAAGGGGUGAAGGAGGAGAGCGAGAGGGGGCUAUUGGAUCUAACACCUGAGCAUGAGGUCCUGGAGGAAGAUGGGGAGAGAGUGGACAGAGGGUUUGUAGACGCUUGUCUCUAUGUAAAAGACCGGAUGGAGGAGGUGUCAUCGCCGGAUAAAGAAAUGCGGCAGGUUUUGGUGGUGCUCUACCAGGAGUGGUUCCGAGUCUCCAGUCAGAAGGACUCUAAAGUAGAUACAGUGAGAUUAUACCUGAGACAAGUGGGGAUGACCACACCCACUUUGCUCCCGUACGUGGUGAAUCUGACCGACGGCAACGGAAACAUGGCUCUGCAUUACAGCGUGUCCCACUCCAACUUCUCUGUGGUCAAACUCCUGCUCGAUACAGGCCUGUGUGAGACUGAUAACGUGAACAAGGCAGGCUACACUCCGGUGAUGCUAGCUGCGCUCACGGCUGCAGAGAGCCCCGAUGACCUGGAGGUGGCAGAACAACUGUUGAAGAUGGGUGACGUCAACGCACGCUCACGUCAGGCUGGCCAGACGGCGCUGAUGCUCGCCGUGAGCCAUGGGCGUGUUGCCAUGGUGAAGCUGCUGCUGAGCUGUGGAGCGGAUGUGAACGCCCAGGACCGAGAAGGCUCCACGGCGCUGAUGUGUGCGUGUGAACACGGACACACGCACAUCACACGCCUGCUGCUGGAGACCGGCCAGUGUGACAUGAGCCUCACUGAUAAGAAUGGACAGACCGCGCUGACUGUAGCCGAGGAAGCGUCCCACGAAGAUAUACUCCAACUUUUGAAAUCCUGCGAAAAAUCUACCCCAGAACCACUCUGAACCAGGACAAAGCCAAGUGUACCAUCACAUCAGCCAAGUUUACCAUCGAAUCUGCCGAGUGUACCAUCGCAUCAGCACUGAAGAGGGAUUAAAGUGUAGAAAGGAGCUCUACGGUGACGCCUGCUCUGGCCCUGGAAGUCAUUUUCCCAUUCAUUUUUCCCAUAGACUUUUCAAUUUCAAUUUUAAUAUUUACAGUUCAAAGAUAUCGUGGAGGCUAACCAGCUACGUGCUGCUAGGCCUGUCAUGAUAAUCACUAUAUCGACUUAUCGUUCUAGAUGUGAAAGCUGGAGUGAUAUGUUUGGGGCUCAAUCUGUAUCUUGCGGACUUUUUCUUUUUCCAAAACUGAUGUGAUUUGUGGUAUUUGUUGCAGCUCAGGCCUUUUAAUGAUACUCUGGCAUAAAAUAGUUUCAAGAUUAUCGUUUAUCGCAAUAUUUCUCUAUAGUGUGUUUCAAAGUGUGUUUUCGUGACAGGGCUAGUAACUCGGUUGUCUUAAGUCCAAAAAACACAUUUAAAACACAAGAUUUGGCUAAGUACUUUAAUAAUUAGCAGUUUAUAAAGUUUCAGAAACAAAUUUUAAAUAAAAGUACACGUCUUGUUGUUCACAGAGCUGUGAAGCCCUGAGCUUUCAAGUAUUACUUUUGUUCAGAAAGUCUAUGGGAAAAAUGACUCAACUUAUGUAUCAGUCAUUUCUUUCUUCUAUACAACAUGCUAUUGAACGGAUAUGCUGCAAUGAAUGGGGCUUUCGGAUCUAUAGCGGCAUCUCUGGUGGAGCCGAAACAACGGAAGACAUUUUAAACAAAAUUGCUGCUUUUUCAUCAAGCUCCUCAAACCAAGCACAUGAUCUACCUUUGGAAAUGAGAUAUAUGAUUUAUAUUUUUCUUUAGCAAAAUUCCACAUCACUGUUUUUGUAUUGAACAUAAGCCAUCAUAAAGGAGGAGUCCAUUUAGAGUUUUGUUCAAAUUAUUACCACAUACAAACACACAAAUGUAUUUUCUACUGCACUUUUGUAUGUGUUUGUGUAAAUAAUUAUAGUAAUAGUAACAGCCCUAUCAUAUGAGUCAACAAGGCACUAUAUAUAAAUGAGAACAUAUAGAAAAGAGUAUAUUGUUUCAGGACAUAAAAUAAAGAGUAAAGUAGAUCUAUUUUAACCCAUUGUCAGAUAUAGUCUGCUCUGCAUCGCCAAAGUACCGUUACUUUUGAGGAAUACGCAAAAAUCUUUAUUUUUGCCACUUUCUACAUUUACAUACACACAGAAGAAGAAGAAGAAGGCAUCAAAUAUAUGAGGUGAGAUGUAUGGACAAAGUUAAAUGAUGCAGAUUUGAAUAUAAACUAUUUUUUAAAAAUCGUAGAUUUACCAUUUUUCUUUACUUCAUAAUUCCAUAUAUCUUGCUUCAUAUAUCGGAUUUCUUCUUCUUCUGUGUAUAUAAAAAGUAGAAGUAGCCAGUAGGUGGAAGAAGUACUACAUUUUGCCGCUUUUUCAGUUCAAAACUGAAGCAGCAGGUUGGAUCAGCAGCGAAACGGAUCAUACCUGGACGACUGAGGGAUUAUACAGACAUCUUAUGUAUGAAGAAAACAUUGUUCUUUUGAGGAAUUUAAGGGUCUGUAUCUGAUUUUGAGCCAUGAGUGAAGAACUGUUAGCCACGCCCCUCACAGAAACUGUCUGCGAUUGUCACAGGCAGAUGUUUCUGAAUGGUUCUCAUCCAAAAAUGUCUCUGAUUGGAUAAAAUAGUUUCUCCCUGGCAUCUACUUCCUUAUGGUUUCAGAUGUGUAGACAUUAUUAUUCACUCACACUUGAACUCAAUCCAACAGAAAUCAGGUAUAGGACAUUAAAACAGUAUUUUCUCCACUUUGGCGUUGCAGAGCAUGACUCUCAUCUUAUUAUACAUUUAAAAGAAUAAAAUUAAAUAAAUCAAUAUGAUAGAGAUGUAAAGUUUAAGCAAAGAAUAAUUUUUAUACUCGACAAUAGCACAAACAAACUGGUCUUGUGAAGGCAGUGGCGUCUUCUGAAGGCUGAGAUGUGUAUGUGUGGUGAAUGGACGGUGCUGCAUGCCAAUCCCUAGUUACUCCCCCUGCUGGCCACCCUGUAGUAUUGAGGCAGUAUGUUCUAAUACUGUGUGGCCUCAUGAUCACUCCAGGUCCCAUCAAAUCCAGUUAAGAUCCCCAUGUACGUCUUGUCGCCUGCUUGUUCGACCCAAUCAUGUAUGCAACUGCACAAUGAAUGUCAGGCUGCCUGUUAAACAUUCCAAUAUAAUGUAGCAAGAUGAACUUCUCCAGCAUGAGACUAACACAGAGACGUUCACAAGAUAUUUUGUCUAAAUGAUGCAUUCUUUCUCUAUCAGAUGUCUAUACACAUUUCAGUGGGUUGCGGUCACAUUUAAGCAUUUAGUGACUUCAUAAUUUCACAUGGAGGGCAGGGAUCUGUGUACCUCUGUGGGAGUUGUGAGUUUUUGAAAGUAAGAGCCAAACUUAUGUUAAACCUUAUCAAUAUUUCUCAGAGAUUGGCUCCAUAAACUUAUCAUAUUCAUCUUUUUCAACUGACAACACGUAUUUGGGGCUGAAUAAUGGCUCUAAUUUCUGAAGCUGUUGUGGAGUUUGAUGUUUAUCUGUGAUGUUUUAACCUGUUUUGUGGUUCAUGUCUCUAAUUACUGGGCCUAUCCACAUGAAACGAAAACUGGCAUAAAGUUCAGCGUCUUUGCUGUCAGUUUAAAUAAACAAAAGUUAAAGUUUUUUUCAUGAUAGCUUCAGAAAGUGGAGCCAUUAUUGUGUGGCCAUUAUAUGUUGGAGGAUCAGAUCUAUUCUGCAAAAUGGACUUUUCACAAGGUUUAACCAUGUUCUAGUCGUUUCUUUUCUUGAGCCUCUGAAGUUGAAUAUGGAGUGAUUAUAUGUUUGAGUAAUCUUUAUGGUGACGUCAGAUCCCAUUGGGCACUGCAGAUUUCUAACACAGAAAUCGGCGAAUUUUUUUCUUUUAUUAAGUCGUUUUAGAUGAAUAAUAUGACUUAAAAUGUACAAAUUAUAACAAAAUUAUUAAUAUGCCAAGUGUGAAAGUCUAAUUCUCAGGUUCAACAUUUGUGGAACAUAAAAUUUCGUUCAAAAACAGUGAAUCUCCCAUAGUUAUAUAAGCCCCGCCCUCCCUCUGAAACUAUGACAUCAUCAGAUUCUACGGCGUGAGCCCAGUUUGUUCUACUUUUGUCUUGAUGUCGUCUUCUAUAAACCUGUCAGGGUGGUGAACUGAAAGCAAUGAUGUAACCGUCUAAGAAUAAGCAAUAUGAAUCGAAUACUACCUUGUCAGCUGGGAUCUCGGCAGGUUGAGUUGUGUUUUCACUUUUUUUAAGCCUUAAUCUGAUGCCUAACAUGCCUACAGCAAAUACACAGAGAUAAUGGGGUUUUGGGACUUGGGUCUGAUUUCCUGUUUACUACAAAUCCUUCAAAGUACAGCUACAUGUUUACACUGCAACCAGAAGUGUCACGAACGAGGAAGAACCAUAGACCGUAUAAAGACUGUAUAUAUAUGCUGUCUAUGGGAAGAACCAAUGGGGUUUUGAGAGCCAAGUUUCACAGAAAAUCAGAAUAAGUAUAAGGGCAACUAGAUAUUAACUGCCACAUAUGUUCAAAUGGUCCAGCAUCAUUUUUAUGUUUAACAAGUAAAAAGUAUUGUCACAGCGUAGGGAAAUAUGCUUAAUAUAAAGAUCUACUUAGUCUAUUUUUAUGUUUUAUUAAAGGUACACUUUGUAAUUUUUCUGGUAGAGGGUCCGUCACCUGCUUGGUGUGUGGAAAUGUGAUUACUUUGCCUGAAAAGUUGCACAAUAUGGCAUUAAACCUGUCCAUCUUUUCUUUAAUUA